CUAGGAGUUCUACCUUCUUCUCGGAGUGGUUUUCUGUUUGUUUCUUUUAUCUGAACUAUCUAUGUCCAGUAUCGAGACGCGUGCGCAGACAGCGAAAAGAGAGGAAAGGGAGAGAGAAGGUGUGCUGUUUGAGAGUGUGAGAAGGGGCAAGAGGAGUGUUCGUCGAAACGUAAAGAAAGAGCGGACCCCUCUUGAGAGUUCUACUGACACCCCUUCCUCCAGCAUGGCCGUCAUCACAUCUGACCAAUGGCAGGCCAUGCCGGACACAGAAGACGAGAGUCAGAAACCAUUCUUUCAAAAACUGUAUGAUGAUGCCGUGCAGAGGGAAAGGGAGGCAGCGGCAGCAGCUAGAGCCGCAGACAUUGCUGAUCAGGUGGCUCUCCUUCGGAUCCCGGAAGCCGAUGCUGACCGGUUCCAGGAGGAACUAGCUGCUGCUGUAGCAGCCUUGGUCCGACUGCGGACCUUGGAAAACCUUGAGUCUCGUAUAACAGCACUUGAGCAGCGGAACGAAGAGCUGCAGGCUAAGGUAAUUAGCCUCGAACAGUCCCAGUUGUCUGCCUCCCGCCCUCCUAACCCUCGAUCUGCUAUAAUCCCAACCUCUCAAGCCAACACAGCCCUCGUGCCAAGGGCAAGCGGAACCGUGGCAAGCGCAGGAACCGGUGCCGGCUCCUCGAGCAGCAGCACCGACAGUUUUGCGCUGGUCAUGGUCCCGAAUGCAGGGACAUCAGCCCCAAACGCCGCAGUUCCUACUGGCGUUCAGUACAGCGGUCCCAUGGUGGACAAGCGGGCGGCCACGCUGCCGUCCAAGUACGACGGGAAGGCAUACAUCACCUCUUGGAUUAGUUCCAUGAGGUCGUACUUCGAGGUCAUGCGGACACCGCAAGAGGACCGAAGUAUGAUCAUGGGGACUAAUAUUGAGCCCGCCGUACGAAACCACAUUGAGCUCCAAGCUGUCGCAGCAGGCUAUGAACGCAUAGACCUGACUGAUUGGCUGAAGGCUUCGGAACAACACUUGAUUGGUCUGUUCACCACUCCGGAUCUGGGAAUGACUGACGUAUCUUGUAUGGAUGUAGUCAUGGAAGUGGCCCCUAAAGAAUACCUACUAGCACUCAAGGACCAUGCCACCUGGCGAGAGCUCAUGAAGGACCUAGUCAACCUAGAGACCAAGGACCUCGCCAGGCGCAAGAAGGCGCCCGCUGCAGGUGGGAAACCACAACGCAAGCAGUUUGGAAGCAGCAACCAGCUUGCACUGCAUGAUCAUCGGGAGGAUGACGAUCAGUCCUAUGCGGAUGAUCUGUCUCUAGAUGACGAUCUAGAGCCGGACUCCGAUACGGGCUGUUCCGCAUCAGCCAUUGAGUGUGACAGAAAUGAUGAUGAGAAACUUAAUGCGUUCAGAAAGACUGCUUCGAAUAAGGGGCCUAACCGUGGUUCAGGAUUGCUAUCGUCUUCAGGGAAACAGGCAAGGGGCGUAGAAGAGUCAUCAACACUCUCUACAGCAAGGGAAGCUGAGCAGUCAAUUGCAGGCCCUUCCGAGGAGCCUGGAUCUGGCCAGCAGCUUGCUCUUGAAGCCCGAACUGAUGCUGAUUCCAAGGCUGGUGCAGUCCAAGUAUUAUACACUGAGCCUUGGGAGGAGUCUAGAGAAGUUGACCUCCACGCCCACAUGGAGCAUUGGCUGCAGCUCAAGCAGCAAUGCCGUGUUCAGGGGAGCGUGGAGCUAACUUUCUUUAAACUACUCGUUAACCGCCGAUACAUCCGUGUGCUGAUUGACAGUGGUUCGACCACUAAUUUCUUCUCUCCAAACGAGAUUCGUAAGGCGGGCCUAGGUAUGAAGCCAGUGGAACUGCAGAACCCUUGCCGGACUCAGGUGGGCAACCAAGACGUUGUCACUUCCACUCAUGCUGUCAAAGGUGUGUGCAUCACCUUUGACAAAGACCGCACUGUUACACAUGAGCUGAAUUUCUAUGUCCUGGAUAAGUGUCCUUUCGACGCGGACAUUGGCUUGGGCUGGCUAAAGGCUCAUUGCCUAAGGACCACGUGGGCGGACAAUCUGUUCGUGGUACUUUAUGCCAAGGGGAACAAGCAUACCGUCUUAUUAGAUGAGACGCGCGAGUUCCUUGUGACUCUUCUAAGUGCUAACAAAUUCUGCAGGUCAGUACGCAGGCGCAAGGAAGCUGAGUUUGUACAUAUGGCCCUUGUAAAACCACUCCAUGUGCCUUCUACUUUUGCUGCAUUCUCUACCUCGGUAAGUAACUCUACUUCUAAUCCAUCUAUUUCUAUUGUGAAUAAUCCUUCUACUUCUAAUCCGGUUGUAAUUGCUGUAAAUUCUCAGUCUAAUUUUCUUUUUCCUGAUGAGGAUGAUCCUUCACCGGAAGUCCCAACAAACAUUCGCCAACUAUUGGAUCGAUUCCCUGAAGUUUUGGCCGAACCUCGUGGAGUUUCCGAGCGUCCGGUCAAACACAAAAUCGAGAUAAUAGAGGAAAGUGUUCCUCCAAAGGGCUGCGUCUACCAUAUGGGACAAGGCGAGUUGGAGUUGAGACGGCAAAUUGAUGAUAUGAUUGACCGUGGAUGGAUUAGGCCCAGUGAGUCUGAAUUUGGUGCACCUGUCCUGUUUGUGCCAAAGAAAGGAGGCAAACUCCGGAUGUGUAUUGACUAUCAUGGCCUCAAUCGGAUCACAAGAAAGAAUGCUUACCCUUUGCCUCGCAUAGAUGAUCUGCUAGAUGCAGCAGGUGGAUGCAAGGUCUUCUCCAAGAUCGACCUCAAAUCUGGUUACCACCAGAUUGAAGUUGAUCCGAGUGACCAGCACAAGAAUGCGUUCAAGACACGCGAUGGGCUGUACGAGUUCAUCGUUAUGCCCUUCGGUCUUACGAAUGCACCGGCCACCUUUCAGUGCCUCAUGGACAAGGUACUUCGCCAUCAACUCAACAGGUUUGUGGUUGUGUACCUUGAUGAUAUCUUGAUCUUCAACAAAACCAUGGAGGAGCACCUCAAGCACCUUGAGGAAGUUUUGCAGGUCCUCCAGCUGCACCUCAACUUGGAGAAAUCUGAGUUUGGGAGGGACAGCGUCAUCUAUCUUGGGCAUCGGUUGUCUGCAAACAGCCUUGAGCCGGAGGCAACCAAGGUCCACAGGCAUAAGCCUUAUGGCCUACUGAGACCUCUCCCCAUUCCUGAUGGACCUGGUGAAUCGAUUUCCAUCGACUUCACGGACAUGGGAAAGGUGAGUGAGGCUGGGAAUUCACAAGUCAUGGUCACUGUGGACCACUUCUCCAAAUUUAUGAACUUGAUUCCUCUCCCUCCUCACGCCCCGACUGAACUUGUCAUAGAAGAAUUCCAUCAACAGUACAUUCCGCAGUCCGGCGUCCCGAAAACUAUUGUGAGCAAAGAUUGGAAAGACUUCACAUCUCAUAUCUACGACAUCAAACUGAACAAGACUUCUGGUCGACACCCCGAAGCCAACGGAUUGGCUGAGGAGAUCAACCAGACUGUCAUGCAAUUGCUUCGCGCACUGAUUGUUCCAGAUCAGAACACGUGGGACAAGGAACUGCACAAAGUGAAGGGGCUGUACAACAACUCCAUUCACUCUGCGACUGGUGUGACACCAAACCAAUUGCAGUAUGGGUGGCCGAUGCGUAAUCCCCUCUCCUAUCUGUUCCCCGAACGGUCACCUGGUAUGAUGCCCGACAUGGCUGGCUACAAUGCCAAGUACGCAGGCUUGCUCAAAGCUGCUACAGCAGCUAUGAACAAGCGCCAACAUGCCAUGAUCAAACAUGCCAAUAAGCUGCGCAAAGAAGAAAAAUUCAAAGUAGGGGAUUAUGUUUGGGUCAAAAUGUCUGAGUUUUCUGAUGAAGAGGGCAUCUCACGAAAGCUUCUUCCACCGUACUACGGCCCCUGGCAGAUUCUGAAGCCAUUGCCAACGUCGAUAGCGUCACCGUUUGCUAGAGGCGUUAGUUUGCAGAGAACGAUUGUUUGCGAGAUGAGGACCUUGUGGCGGAGGUUACAUGGUGGAGGAAACUCGGAUAGCGACGAGAGCAAGACGGGAGGUCAGGGACAUCGUGAGCCCAGAGAUCGCGAUAGGGACGGACGCGAUCGCGAGAGGGAUGGCAGGGCGGAUGGUCGCGAUCACGAAACCGUUUUUCCCGGGGAUUCCAGGCCGAAUGGGGAAUCCAGGCACGGGCUUACGUCUUGGUUUGUGAGUCACGGGCUUCGGCACGGGAGGAGCACUGACAGGGAUCGAGAUCGAGAUUCGGAGAGGCGCUACUUAGGCGAGCUGGGAAAUGGGGGCAGCAUGGUCGGUGGCAUGCGUAGGGGUGAUCAGUCCGGGCAAUUGAUCCCAGCAUCUCUAGUAGGUAUAGCUGGCGGAGGGAAUUCUAUUCCUCUCGCUGCGCUAUCGGACGCCGACUUGGCUUGCACUGCCACUGGUGGGGAGCCGUUGGAUUUCCAACAGAUUGAGGAGGAGAAUCAACUUCACUUGGCUCUGGCACUUAGCGUUUCAACUCACGAAGCCACAGAUGACGAAGACGAUGCUGAAUUAGCGGCUGCCAAGAAAGCGUCUCUAGGAUUGAAUCCCUGCCCUGCAGAUGUCGUCACCAAUCAGUAUUGGCAAAGGGGUUUCCUUGAUUACGGGGAAUCUGUUGUGGAUGGCUUCUACGACUUGUGCGGUUUGCCCGCCGAUUCGGCCAUCAUUCAACGUCUACCUCUGCUGGGGGAGUUGAAGGCCGUGUUACCGACGGAUAAUCUCGACUCGUUGGAGGUUAUAAUAGUUGAUCGUAAUAGUGACCCUGAUUUAGUGCUAUUGGAGGAGCGGGCAGUAAUUUUGGCAACUGAGUGCGAAAGUUCCGGGGGGGGAAGCCUGUCCAAGGCGAUGCUGGCGAAGAAACUAGCAGCGCUCGUGUCGGACAAGAUGGGCGGCCCCGUGAAGAAUGAGGCCGACCUGCUUAAGGCGUGGGAUAACUGCCGCCGGGAUCUGAACUGUGCUGAGCGAAGUAUUAUAAUUCCCGUUGGCAAAUUGACGGUGGGGUUGUGCCGCCACAGAGCUCUCCUCUUCAAGACCCUCGCGGAUACCCUGGAAAUUCCGUGCACUCUCGUCAAACAACGCCUGUAUUCGGGAGAAGGCGAAGGCUCGCUCAACACGAUUAAGUGUGAAGACGAAAGCCAAUAUCUGCUGGAUUUACUGUGUGAGCCUGGAAAAUUAUUACCUUUGGAACAGCCGAUGGUUAUAUCCCCGACGCCGUUUGGAUCAAUGAUUCCCGCCACCGACUCCCUGCCUGGCGAAGUCUCCGCUAGAGCAGCUCAUGUGCCUGGAUGCCCCGCUCCUGGCACUAAUUAUGCAGAUUGGGAAAGGCUGAACGUGGUCAAGGGGAAGGAAGGUCAGGAACAACGGAAGGGAUCCCAUUGGGGGGAAUUACAGGGGUACAAUGGAGGCUCUGUGAAGGAAAAGGAGGAGUGGAAAGAUACAUUUGACGAGCUUCAGGGAGUGGACUGGGCACGUGCUAGGGCAUUGCAGAAUAAGAAAUUAGAAGGAGCGCAGCAUUUCAAGCGCAGGGGUUUUUCCAUCUCGGAGGGCUUGCUUUCCCGUGAAGUUCAGUACCGUCUCAACGAAGCAAUGCAGCACGGAUGGGUGAUUCAAGGUCGUGUUCAGGCAGCAGGAAAAGCUCCGUCAGGCCGCUCGGAUUUCGGAAGGGAAGGUUUAAAGAUUCGGUCAGCGAAACCAUCUCCAUUGUCCGAAUGUGACGCUGCACGGGGUGAUGCGGCAGUGGCGGCGGCUUGUCGCGCUCCAUCGGUACCAGUGUUUGUGAAUGACUCGGCGAAGGAGGGGUGCUGUAUUGCGGGAGGAGGGGAGUGUGACGUUGGUGGUGUAAAUUGUAACGUUGGCGAAGGUGGGCUGGCGGUUGUGGAGUCGCCCGCAAUGUGUGAUGAUGUUACGCCUAACGCAAAUCGAAAUAGCGGAGAUGAGUGGACGAGGUUGGGCCCUAUUCUUGAAGAGCAAUGUGGUUCUUCUGUUGGAGCUGAGAGGACGGGUAUGAUAGUUGUGCAUGGGACGUUCACCACCUCUUUGGAAGGGAACCUCGGGGACGUGAUUCCUCAAUACGAGCAACGGGAGACUGGAACUGAGAGCACGAGGAGAGAGACGGAAGAUGAACCAGAACAGCUGAGGGACUGUGGGACAGGCGCCUGGAGUAAAGUGCUGGGUGGUGAGCGUGAAGCUGAAGAGAGAAUGACAGGCGAGAGAAUGAAGGGGGAUACUGAUGGCAGCCACUUGGCGGGUGGCAUUCGUCUUGGCGCGCAGGUGGAUGGAGCGUCGAAAACGCAUAGCCCCGCUCUGAAGAAGAAGGAGAAUGACAAGGAAGGGGAAGAGAGUAGGGAGGACGACAUGAGGCUUGUGGGGAGAGAGCGGGUCGGGCUGUUGUCUGACGAGAAGGCCGGUGUCAGCGGCAGAGAACAUAAGAAGGCUGAUCAGUACGAUCCAAUGUUUGAUGCCGGAGAAUGGGAGAUUCCGUACGAACACUUAGUGAUCGGUGAGCGCAUAGGCAUUGGAUCGUACGGAGAAGUUUACAAGGCGGAUUGGCACGGAUCCGAAGUAGCUGUGAAGAAGUUUCUUGAACAAGACAUAACUGGCGAUGCUCUUGAAGAGUUCAAAAGUGAGGUAGCCAUCAUGAAGCGGCUCCGUCAUCCCAACGUAGUGCUAUUUAUGGGUGCGGUAACGAAGCCUCCGAACAUGUCGAUCGUCACAGAGUUCUUACACAGGGGUAGUCUUUAUCGGCUCUUACAUCGACCCAACAACAACAUCGACGAGCGCAGGCGCAUGCGUAUGGCUCUGGACGUUGCCAAGGGAAUGAACUACCUUCACAGUAGUACGCCGGUUAUCGUGCAUAGGGAUCUCAAGUCCCCCAAUCUUCUUGUUGACCGGAAUUGGGUUGUCAAGGUCUGCGAUUUCGGUUUGUCCAAGAUGAAGCACAAUACGUUCCUUUCUUCCAGGACCACGGCGGGAACUCCCGAGUGGAUGGCGCCGGAGGUCCUUCGUAAUGAACCAUCUAAUGAGAAGUGUGAUGUCUACAGUUUUGGUGUCAUCCUCUGGGAGUUGGCAACAUGCCAACAGCCAUGGUCUGGCAUGAACGCGAUGCAGGUGGUAGGCGCUGUAGGGUUCCAGGACCGCAGGUUACCGAUCCCGGACACAGUGGAUGCGUCUGUGGGCUCAAUCAUUCAAGAAUGCUGGCACGAAAAUCCGCAGAUGAGGCCGUCGUUCUCUAACUUAAUGCAGCGAUUGAAGCCUCUGCAGCGAUCUCAAAACCCUCCUUUUCCAUUGCCCAUGGGCAUAGCUUCACCCAUACAAACGUAGUUAUGUCAAUUCCCUCGCUUCCUCUUAGGUCUUUGGCAGUCUCUUUUGCUGGUGCUGUGACGUGACCGCUAUUUUUUCUCUGCUUCCGCUGAACGGGAUGUGGAGUCCCUACUGGUCUAUCUAGUUCUUUGGGGGUUCGAAUCGCGCACCAACACGCAGUGACUGUGGAGGCCGUGGAGCGUGGACGUUGGCUAGUUUACCGCGUCCUGUACCACUAGUACUUUUCCCGAGACGUCCGCGUGGACGACUCCUUAUUUGGUGGUAUUGUUGAGUUGCGGGGUGUCCAUCGUCCUCUCUUUCCUGUCUCGUUACUGCCUGUACGGAAAGUGGGGGAUAGUGCCUAUGUCGACAGACGGUGGUAAAUAAAUGACGGCGCAGCAUGAUCGGAAGCUGGUUCGCUUGGCUGCAAAGAAUGGUGCGCUGAUUGAAAAGCGGUGUGCAAGAGAACAGAAAGGGUGGUGGCCGCGAAGGAAGAGCACAGAUAGGAAAGUAAGGUGAGUGGAUACCACGCGACGUGAUUGUACUGGUGGCCAUCAAGAGUGGCAUGCCAAGCUGGACCACGAUCACAAUUGGAGCGAAAAUGGGACUAUGGCUUAAGGAUCAGACCAUCCAGUGGCUUGUUUACUGUGCUCCUCUGAUUAGGCGAAAAUCCUUCCAAAUCGUAAUGCUUAGUGCUUCCGAAGAACGUGUGUUGCGAGUUGGCGUAAUGAACGCAUAAUUUUGCGCUUUGCGUUUCCAGUGUCUGGACAACUAGGUGGUUGGCGUAUUCCGACCCAGGCGGAAGGUCCCUGAUGAGUACCACGUGCGCUUCCUGGCUAAAACGUGCGUAGGGCACUAAGCGCGUUUUUUCUUCUGAGUUUAGUGCAUGCGGAUGUGUAUGCAAAUUUUAUCGAAGCGUGCACGAAAGACAGUCAUUGGCUUCUGUUUAUCACUUUUCUUUUCGCCAGAAGCACGUUUGAAGAUUCGAGGUGCUGUGAUGCUUCGUUGUUCUCUUUUGUUUUUUUUUUGUUUAUUGUUUUCCUCGUUAGUUUAAGUGAAGGAUAGGCGUCGGAUGGACGUAAUUAGGCCGCUGAGCUUUGAAUUUAUGGUGUGAAUCAUACCGCAUUUACCGGGCAAUUCUAUUGAAGAAGAAAACGGGCAGCGGAGCGGCCACUCUGUCUUUUCCCAGUAGCUUCAGUCCUCCUAGGAAAGAGAAAGGAAACAAUGCUUAAUCGUCCCUCGCUACCAUAGGGAGAACUAACGUACGGGAUGGGAUAAAACCUCCGCGUACACUCAAGGGUUAUCCGGACGAUGAUGGUUCUUGACCUUCGUGUUGUGACGAGCAUCAUCUUAAGAUACUCUUUGUGCGAGUGCAGUGAUAACAGCGUUGAAGGGCAUGGGUAUUUGUUUCUCAUGGGGUGCGUCAGUUCGAUAGAUGCAGACGGCGGCGAACGAUGCGUCGUGGUAAAGUACUUCUCGUUUCCCAUCGAGUUGCGUAGGCUUGAUCGAAUGCGCAAAUUCCCUACCAUCGGGGCAGAGAGAUUCGAAAGUCUUUAUUCGUAUAGUCCUCGUGCAUCGUGGUAGGAGUUCUACUGGGCUAUUGGUGUUGAGCAUGGAGUCGAGCUCCUGUGAAAUCAGGGUCGUAAGGAUUGGACCCGUUUUCGCCAAGAGCAAAGAACGAACGUUCUGUCCCGUCAGAAAGGAAACCCUAGCUUGAAUUCGUGAUAAACAAUAAUUUCGUGAAGAGCAAAGAACAAACGAUCUGUCCCGUCAUAAAGGAAACCCUAGCUUGAAUUCGUAACAAACAAUAAUUGGGUAAGGAUGAUGCUCAUCUGCGUCCACACCGUGUAGAUUGAAGCGGACUGUAGGGCAAUCGCCGUUAUGAACAGGUCAUUUGUCGUGACGUUGGACUUUUGCUGGGGUUGCUCUUUGUAAUUUUCUUCCCUUUCCAAAUUCCGUGAUGUCACUGUAUUUGGCAUAUCAUGAGCUCGCGAUUCGUCAGCGACUCGUCGAUGACAUGGUUCCUUCCGCCCGCCAGAUUAUGAAGUGAUGUUAGCGACCGUUGAGCCUAAGAGAAAGGUGUCGCACUCAAGUCAAGGAUUUUGUCAAAUUCCUAACGUUUAUAAUCAAAAGUAAGGCUGUUCCCUGAAAUUACCAGCGAGGAAAGUCUCAAGUGCGAUAAUGUUGAACAGACCCAUCCAGCGCCCAGGUAUUCUGACAUGCAUCCAACCCUACAACUCGUGCAGACCCAAGAUCAUGCCGAAAAUAAAUCUGGGUGUGCUACUAGUUAAGCAUAUGGUCUU